CUCUGCCCUGCAGCCCCACAGGUGGUAUCGACUAAGGGAGACUGUUCCCGCCAGGCUAGGCAGUGGAGCGCCGCACAGCGCGCCUUCCCGCCUCUCAGCUGCUGCCCCAGCAGUUCCGACCCAGCGCCAGCAGGCCUGCUCGGUCGAUCUUCGAGCCGAAGAUGCGGCGGGGCUGGAAGAUGGCUCUGUCCGGGGGGCUACGGUGCUGCCGCCGUGUACUUUCCUGGGUGCCUGUGCUUGUUAUCGUCCUCGUCGUGCUCUGGUCCUACUAUGCCUACGUCUUUGAACUCUGCUUGGUGACUGUUUUGAGCCCAGCAGAAAAAGUUAUCUACCUCAUAUUCUACCAUGCCAUCUUUGUGUUCUUUACCUGGACCUACUGGAAGUCUAUUUUUACACUCCCACAACAGCCAAACCAGAAGUUCCACCUGUCCUAUACCGACAAGGAGCGCUAUGAAAAUGAAGAGAGACCUGAGGUCCAGAAGCAGAUGCUUUUUGAUAUGGCCAAGAAGCUACCAGUUUACACAAGAACCGGGAGUGGAGCCGUAAGGUUCUGUGACCGGUGCCAUUUGAUCAAGCCAGAUCGCUGCCACCACUGCUCUGUCUGUGCCAUGUGUGUAUUAAAAAUGGAUCAUCAUUGCCCUUGGGUUAAUAACUGCAUUGGAUUUUCCAACUAUAAAUUCUUCCUUCAGUUCUUAGCUUAUUCUGUUCUCUAUUGCCUGUACAUUGCUACAACGGUCUUCAGCUAUUUCAUCAAAUACUGGAGAGGGGAAUUGCCCAGUGUUCGCUCUAAGUUCCAUGUCCUUUUUCUCCUCUUUGUGGCCUGCAUGUUUUUUGUCAGCCUUGUGAUUCUCUUUGGUUACCAUUGUUGGCUUGUCAGCAGAAACAAAACCACCUUAGAGGCCUUCUGUACUCCAGUGUUUACAAGUGGCCCAGAGAAAAAUGGGUUCAACCUUGGCUUCAUCAAAAAUAUCCAGCAGGUGUUUGGAGAUAACAAGAAGUUCUGGUUAAUACCUAUUGGGUCCAGCCCUGGUGAUGGACACUCUUUCCCUAUGAGGUGUAUGAAUGAGUCGCAGAACCCAUUGCUAGCAAAUGAAGAGCCCUGGGAAGAAAAUGAGGAUGACAACCGAGAUUAUCCAGAAGGAUCAUCAUCUCUUGCUGUGGAAACGGAAACAUAGCAGUUUUCACAUUUCCUGCAUCUCUCAAACAGGACCCUGUAUCUCCAAUGAAGCUUACAGAGUUCAAUGUUGGGAACCAUUCUAAUCUUCAAAAUAAGUCACCAUGGCAGAUUGGAAGCGUCACAAUUUGAAAGCAUCCCAUCAAAUACUUGCUGUGCAGAUAGAUGUUUCAGGACUUUACAGCUUAUUUAAUUUACUAGCUGAACUCAUCAAUCUGGUAGCAAUUAAUUCAAGCCAGUC